UCUGUUAUUGAAAGAGGACAGCAGCAUGGGGGAAGCCGAGGUUGUUCCAGCCGACGAAAAACAGACAGACUCUGGGAUCAGUCCCAUCGAAGACUCGGUGGUAUGGAGUCAAGAAGUCGAGGUGUGCCUGUUCCAUGCAAUGCUAGGUCACAAACCCGUAGGGGUAAAUCGUCACUUUCACAUGAUCUGUAUCCGGGAUAAAUUCAGCCAGAAUAUUGGGAGGCAAGUGUCAUCAAAGGUGAUCUGGGACCACCUGGGAACUAUGUAUGACAUGUCAGCCUUGCAUGAGUCUGAAAUAUUGCCGUUUCCCAACUCAGAGAAGAGCUUCAAUCUUCCAGACGAGAUUAUUCAACAAGUAAAAGAAGGUAAACUGGUAUCCGAGGACGACAUGAAAGACGAUUUCAAAGAAGAACGAGACCCCCCAGCCAUGCAUGAAGAAGGCAGCAACUCCUCGGUGAAGAUGACAGAGAGGGUGGGCAGCAAAGACAAGGACAGAGAAAGAGACAGAGAGAAGGGUUGGGCUGAGGGCGGCCCGGGGAAGGAGGCAGCAGACAAGAGGAAGAGGAACCGUGCCACUGAGAAGGUGCUCAACUCCAGCAGCAACCCCUCCAGCCCCGGUGGAGCCAAGCGGAGAAGGACGUAGGCCAAGCCACCAGGAGGCGCCGUCGAGAUAUCAUCCACUGCAGAGAGCAGGAGAGACCUGGGACUGGAGAGACUCAUCUGUGAAGCCUGGAGGGAAGAGGGGGGGAGAGAAUGAUAGGAGAGUGACAUUUUAUGAGUAAUAGAUAAGAGCUAUUUGGACAAUGCUGAAUUUGUGGAUAGGUAUCCUGGAUACCUCAUUGAGAACGUUUAAGCCCACAGAAGCUGCAAUUUUAGUAUGUUGUGUUUUCUCAGAACAACUAGAAAGAUGUAGCAUUCCCUGUUGCCACACAAUCUCUGAAAACCACACCGCAAAAGCAGUGUGAUGACUACAACACUGAAUUGUAUCGGUCAUGAUGAUCAAUAUACUGUCACAGCAUCUGGUACAUUUUGACCAUCCCGUCCCUCCAGUCCUCAGCUGUGCUGUGGAUCAGAGGCCAGCAUGACAGUUUACUAAUAUUGACACAAUUCAAGCUGACGCAUAUCAAUGCUUCUUCACUGACGUCAGAAUAAGUGUAAUGGUACUAGUGCUUGUGUUCAGGCUUGUGUUAUGUGAAGUUCUCUUGUUUGGCUUUGGAGAAAUGCUGGACUACUAAAUCACAUCAAUACACUGUAUGUGACUGGCUGGACGCUUGCAUUAAUUGAUUGUCAUUUGAUUGAUUAAUUGACUGUCAUUGUCAUUUUUAGUUCUGAACUGUUACAAGUGGUUAUAAACAAAUGUAUAGAGCUACUCAUGGUUGUGUACCUGGUCCACCUCUUCCAGUGACUGCCAACCAGAUUGUCAUUAUGCCUCCUUAUAUCUGUAUAAACUGUAGUUGCCAGUGGUGAAAAAUGUUUGUAAUUUUCCUCUUUUUAGUUGAUGUAAUUUUGUCCUUGGGGAUUAUUGAAUCUGCAUGUUUUGGUAAUUGCUCCAAAAUAUUUUUUUGGGUCUGUCAAUGACUGACUUUUCAGAAUCAAAUAAAACAAUGUGUA